UGAACAGACCAUGCCAUAUUUCAGAGAGCCUCCUAAACUAGUCGUGCAGGUCCAUUUUGCAGCAUCACAUCCUGUCUGCCUGAACUGGGAGUAAACUCUGAGUCUAGGCGGAGAGAAGAAACCACAGCAGUGCUGGGUCUGGGAGGUGCCACUGUAGUUUGAUCACACAGCGUUAAUAAGUUGGAUUAUUAAGGAGAAAGCAAAGAAGAACUCUUGUUUACAGGACCAUGUUUGACGGAUUUAUGUGGAUAUUUUGCCGUGAUGUUCUGGGAAAACUUUUACUGGACGAUGGUUUCGCUGCUCUGGGAAGGUUCUCCAUGUAUGAAGUAUAUGUUAUUUCUUCUUAUAGGACAUCUCUUCUUCUGUCGCUGCCUCCAAUAUUUAUACCGUAGCUGGUAAUUAACAUCACACUGCAUUCCUGUUAAUUUCGACAAGCUGAAGGACAACACGGACUCCGGAUUGCCACCCAAACGCAGAUUUUUUGGCACUUUGUGAAUGCAGCUGUAAUCACACAGGGGAGCCUCAAGUGCUUAAAUGGGUCCAUCAUGAGCACGAGACAAUCAAGCUCCUUUAUGCCUCGAGAUCAGCUGCAGUUUCUGCACAUUGUCUGUUGUGAAUAGACCGAUCUCCAAUUGAGCCUCUUCACUUUGGAGAUUUUUCGAUUUUCGAUUAUACAGCUUUUGAAAUUAGGAUGCGCCGCUUUUUCUCUCUUAGCUUGGUGGCUCGGUUGUGAGUUUUUUUUUCUCUUAUUUUUGAUUGCCAGAUGAAAUUGACACUCGUGGCGCCACUUAUCAAGCAGCAUUUCAAUCCAGCGCUAAUUGCAGAUAUAGUGUCAUCCUUUCUUUUCACUGCGUUUGAUUGCAUGGGAAUACAGCCUCCCGGUGCGCACGAAGGGGAAUGAUCGAUCAGAUAUAGGGUUUUUUCUUCUUCUAAUUGCAUCAAAAUGUCUUUUGUUGCCAGGGUUUAAAUGCAGGGGGAACUGUUCUUCGUUGUUUUGGACCGGAUAUAGUGUGGGCUGGGGCAGAGAUGCGUAAUGCGCAGCGCGAGCUCCAUCUUCUCUCCAAAUAGGCAACGUUCAAGAUCCGAAAAUGGUGAGUCACAAACAUCUGGGCUGGUUUGGUGUGCAAUCUUUUGAUUUUCUUGAUUAUUAUUUUUUUAAAGAAUCCAUUUAAGGUUUCGUUGAUGGUUCUUGUUGCUCUCUUGGUAAAGUUUGUUCAAGCGCUGUAGUCGCAGGACUCUGGAUUUGGCGCAAGACUACACGGAAAGGCUGUGCGUUCACGAGCAGGGAUGCUGUUGAGAGUGAAAACCGUGAAAUUUUAUUUAUCAACUACCAACAUACGGAGUUGAGCUGAUCAGUUAAAUAUUGUAAACGGAGGUUAUUCUAAUGUUAAGAAAAGGAGACCAAAUAAAACUGGAAUGAAACUAAACUGUUGGAUUAUGGAAAAAAAAUAGUAUGUCAAUAUGCAGAAAACAAAGUUUUAUUUUGUUAUAGAGGCCCUUUUUUAACAAGACUCGACUCUCAUGUUGAAAUCAACCCACUGCUUGAAACGGGCUGUUUUUCCUGCAUAAAUCUUGAAGAAGAAAAAAGAAGAACUUAUCUGUGAAAGGCGAUGAAACUUCAUCUCUACUUUAGCAUUAACUCGUCUUCUUUGGCUCAGUCUAAAUCGGAGGUGAAGAAGGAGUCCGGGGAGUGCAGUCCGUCGGAGGCCGCCUGUCUCUGCUCUCCUCCGGCGGCCAAGAACCAGUGCGCGAGCUGCGGCCUGGAGAUCCACGACCGCUACCUGCUCAAGGUGACAAACCACGAGACACGUUUGAGGUUGUGAUAAAAUACUGGACAUAAACUUUAACUUCCACUUGUAGUUUAGUGAAGGCAAACUUUUAAGCAUCAUAAAUCCAUACGAUAGUCGAAACUUAAAAGCGCAAAAGUGGUCAUUUUGUGAGCGAAUUUCAGACAAACUCUCUGCACUGAAUGUUAAAGUGUUAAAAUAAUUUGAAAUAAAAAUAAAUAAAAAAUAAAAAUUUUGCACCUUGUUGAAGGUGUGUAGAAACGCUUCGGUGUCAGUGAAUUGCAUCUGUGAUCGUGUGUCUGCACAGGUGAACAACCUGAACUGGCACCUGGGCUGUUUGGAGUGUUCGGUGUGCAGAGCGUCUCUGCGCCAGCACAACAGCUGCUACGUCAAAAACAAGGAAAUCUUCUGCAAACUGGAUUAUUUUAGGUAAGAGCAUGAUGUUUACCUUUUGUUUGAGCCGUUUGCUGAUUUCGGGAGCUCCAAACAGAUCAUUAAUAACAGGAAACAUUUGAUUUAUUUAAACAAAAAGACACAUUUUAAUCCUAAUGAAGCAAAUUCAAAACACAUUAUUUCAGAAUGUUUUUUUUUAUCCUCACAGGUCAGGCCUGAAUUAUACGAAAAUGUGAAAUAAGCUUAGUUUCUAUUUUUCGAUCAUCAUAUGUAGAAGAGGCCUCUUUGAUUGUCGAAUUGAUGUUAACUCCUAUCGCUUGUAAAACUUUUUAUUUUUAACGUCAAGUAAUCUGAAUGUUUCCUUUGAUCAUUUUGGUCCUAACCGGCUACAUUAGUUUCCUUUCAAAGAAUAAUAAAAAAACCUUCAGUGUUCAUCCUUUUAUUUUAAGUCCAGGUCAUGGUUACUGUUGCAUUUGUUCACAUAAAAAUGAAGUAUAUCAAUAAUCCUCGAGGAAAAACAGAAAGACUAAAAAUACGAGCGUUUGGAAAAUGUGCACACCUACUUGUGUCUGCGCUGCUGAUGUGGCCUGCUGAGUGAUUUAUCGUUUUAUUGCGCUUUUUUUUUUUCUUUUUUGAUAAAAUAUCCUUUUUAUUUUUUUCGGUUAUUUUUUUAUUAGUAUCUUUUGUUUUGAUAAAUAGAUAUGAAAUUAUGUAUGAAAUUAUGACUUAAUUUCCCAAAAGCUGAAUUUAAUACUCAGAGACUUGAACAUUAUUCUGCACAUGCUGUAAAUCACUGAACGUAGUUUUCACCUGUUUUAACUGCACGUUAAUAUUGCUCACUGAUCAUUAGUCUGUCUGACACAAAAAGACCCCAUCAAUGUUCCUGUGUUUGUAUUAAUCAGACUGUUGUAUGAGAGCCUGAUCCCAACGGUGAAAAAAAUCGACUGUAGCUACUAUUCCACCGAAGGUCUCACAUCGAGUCAGAGAUGGAAAUAAAAUACAGAUGCUCUCAACAAAUAUGAAAUUAACUGUUUUACAGAGUAACUAUCACAUAUAGCGGUCCUGCAGAUCUGUGGAGCUCACAAUUUUUAGCUUGUAAUGUUUAAAUAUUAACACAUGGAAAAUGGUCCAAAAGAAAAAAAAAUACAAUGCAUUUCUCCUCCCCUUUUCCUUGUCCAGAAUUAAACUCUGUGUCUUCUUCUGUAGCAGCAAUAGUGAAGUCUGGUUGGGUCAAAGUCUAAUUACAUCAAGAAGUACUUAUCAACAUAGCCUUAAGUCAUACAGCAGGGCUUUCUGACCCAAAAACAAGCAACAGUGGAUAGCUGGUGAACUGUUCUGCCCUGGGUUUCACCUUACAGGCUGGGCUACAUACCUGCUGAUGGAACAAUUAUUGCAUUCUGUGUUAUUCAGAUAUUAUUAAAAGAGACUGCAUUGUUACAUUUAUACAGAAGGCAGGGGCUUUAGAUGAAGUAAACGUACAUAAUGCAGAAAUAGUAGACAAAAAUAGAUAUUUUGCAAGUUCAGCAGAAGUCUGACGUGCCGGCAUAACAAAGUGCACAGUUUGUAUACAAGAAACUACACAAAAUUUCAUGUGAGAUAAAAAUUAAAAAUAACUACAUACUCUGAAAUUCUAAUCAGAGUGUGAAAUUAAACAAAAAUGACCUCAGAUUUGCCAAACAGAUGCUAAACAUUAAAUCUUGCACAUCUUAUCAGGACACUCUUAUCUCAGUGGCCUGCAGUCCACUCUCACCCGCUUGUUUCCUCUUCCUCACAGUAGGUUCGGCACGAAGUGUGCUCAGUGCGGCCGGCAGGUGUUCGCCAGUGACUGGGUUCGGCGAGCCCGGGGCAGCGUGUACCACCUGGCGUGCUUUGCCUGUUUCUCCUGUAAGAGGCAGCUGUCCACCGGGGAAGAGUUCGGCCUGGUGGAGGGCAGAGUGCUCUGCCGCAGUCACUACGACAUCAUGCUGGACAACCUGCGCAGGGCUGCAGAGAACGGUAACACAACCCCUGGUUUGCUAUAAUGGCUGUGCUCGGAUAAGUAAGAGUCUCAAAAACUGAUCUGGUACUUCUUGAUCACUCGAGCUCUAGCCUUUAUUAUCAUAGUAGCUAACCUAUCCUGGAGGACAAAAUGUUAUACACUCAGUUUUUAUUGAUUCGUUCAACUUGCUGAGUAAAAUAUAAAAAGACGAAGGACCUUUCCUGAUAUUCGGAUGCAGAGAGACAUCGAACAGCAGAUUCUAGUGGUCUUAGUGUUCAGUUUUUAGUAAAACUGGAUCUGUACUCACUUUAAAAUUUCAGACAAAGAGGCUUUAGAGGCUGUUUUAAAUAAGGAUAAAGCCAAGGUAUGAUACCCCCCACCCCUCACCCCACCAUGACAUUCCUUCACCAAACUAAGUUUAAGCUCAAGCUCUACUCACAUCAGGAGUAAACAGUUACCCUCUGAGGGACAUUUUUACAGGCUAUCUCUGUUCUUAUUGUAACUCACAUCAUAUCUGGGACACUAUCAGGCUGAAAUCCUUCAAGUAAACAAAACUAUACUUACAAUAACUAACAGUGCAUCCAACAAAAGGAACAUUUUCUCUGCUUGAAAUCAGUUUAAGUUGGAUCUGCUUGGAUAGUCAGAAUCAGGCUGAUGUUGGGAAGGCGGCGCGCAAUGACAUUUUUACAAUUAUCAAUAAUCUUCAUGAGUACAUUAAAACUUUUGUUAUCAAUCUGUUUUUAAGUAAGACGGUAGACUGUGUUUGUGUUUUAAUGUAGGAGGAUAGGUAAAAGUUCCCCGAAAAUAGAUGCUCAUAUGAAGUCCAGAUGCUUCAACUCUGCUUAAUUACUAUCCCAAAAUAUUUAUACCUCCUACCUCUAGUUAGAAAACAUCAGCAGAGAGAGACAGAGGUAGAAACAGACAUUGAAGCAGCCUGUGGUUUAUCUUAAUCCUAAAAUUCAUAUUAAACUUAUUUCUUGUAUUAUGACACUGAUAGUAUCUGCAGGAGUCUGAUUUCUGCUGUGCUGUCAGUGGGGAAAUGUGGGCCGUGGUGAUAAAAAUACUUUGGACUCUGCGGUUGUUGGCAGGAAAACAUUUUAAUUUUGCUGCAGGGAUUGUUUGGACAAAUGUUCAAUUUUGUGACACAGUCUGGGGCUGCAACAAGACCAGCCUGUAAACUUAUAACUAUGUAGUUUUGUGUAAUUUCACAGUAUAAUGGGUGCUGUGAUCAUGCUCUCUUAAAGGGACAGGACUGACUCUGGAGGGGGCACUGCCUUCUGAUCAGGACUGCCAACCUAAACCUGCCAAGAGGGCGAGGACAUCUUUUACAGCCGAACAGCUACAGGUAGACUCUGCUUUAUCAUAUACAUGUCUGGGUGUGUUUGUACCUGUUGCUUCAUAACAUCAGUAUGUGUGCGUGGGUUUAGGUGAUGCAGACCCAGUUCGCUCAGGACAACAACCCUGACGCUCAGACACUGCAGAAGCUGGCGGAGAUGACGGGACUGAGCAGGCGAGUCAUACAGGUAGGAGGUAAUAAGACAUGAGAUAACACAACUGUCCCCAUCCUCAGAGUUUAGACCCUUGAAGAAGCUGUGAGAUGAUGAAUAGAAGAAGAAAAUAUGUUAUACUUGGAAUUUUAGAGUUCACUCAUCUGUUAUUGAUUUCCUUGUGAAAUAUGGAAAUACUCUUCAAAUGAAACUAUUCAAAAACAGAUAAUUGCACCUCAAAUUUCUCUAAUCAGCUCAACCACGUAAGAGGUUUGGGAAAAUACAGAAAAACUGCUAUUUUUUUUAAUGUCCAAAGCUGUAAAACAUUUGAAAAACAAAUACCUAAUACCCUUUUAUGUGGCAUUCAAUUCUCCUGAAUGUGUGCACGUGUUUGUAGAAAAUUACCUCCUGAAUCCAGAUCAAUUCCCCCGCAGUUCACAACAAUAAUGUGUAAUCAUUUAUGGAAAUCAGUACGACUUGUGGUAUCCGAGAUCACGACCAGUUUAUAGGGCCUCACCCACCAGUUUGUCCUUCUGAAAUCACCUGAUUUAAAGGAUCUUAAAUAUUGUGCAACAUGUGUUAACCAACUCUCUUUUGAGUGACAUGAGGAACUCCACAUUUAGACCAUUUCCAACACUUAAACUCUGUAAGAUACCCCUGACACAUUCAGGUACUUGAUUUGAUCAGCCAGUAGUUUUGUGCUUCAGGCUGAGACAGUUUAAUUUUAGGUUUAAUGCACUAACUUCAGACCCAGUAAGACAUGCAUUUAAGAGACUUGCCUAUCACACUAGUCUCAACUUGUGUUUGCAUGUUGUUAGAGAUGAGCUUGGGCCGUAGUCUUGCUGAUAGGAAAUGAGGUCAUCCACUGAAUGAAGAGGCUUUGACUCAGAUGAAGCAUGAAGUUGGAGCUGAAGACUGAACCCCCUUGUGAAUUUAGAGAAUAAAUCCAUUUGAUCAUAGUAAAACUAGAGUGAAGUAACACUGAACAGCUCUUUGUUGUUAUAAAAUUGCCUGAUUUAUCCUCCACUUUCGACAGUGUUGUGAACUCAGACUUAGACUCCAAAUGUGACUCAGAGAGUACAAAUGUGUAUCAGGGAGAGUCCUGUCAUUUGUCAAAUUUUCACUGAUCAAUAUGUCCGUUCUUUAUUUCAUUUUCUAUUUUGAAUGAUCCGGUAAAAGUAUGCACCGGAUUGGAGAAGAGCUCAUUUGAGAAGCUGUUUAAUGCUGGGAUAGAUGUUUCAUCAUAUAAAUCAAAGAUCACUGUGCUGAUUAUUUUCUCUAAUAAUUUGAUAAUGUAAUAUAAUAUUUAAAAUAAUAUGCGCUCCUUAAAAUUGUGAAAAGAUUCAUUAAUGAAAUUUGACUAUAAAAAAUAAGUAUCAAUAUCAAAAGAGGAGACUUUGUCAAACAUCAAAAUAUUCCAGCUGAAUGUUUUUGAGUGGUUUAAAAUAACCCAAUGUCAUUUAUAUGCGUGCUUUACUCGUUUAGUGAGACCAAAAUCUUAGAUUUACGAACAAACAAGCAACUACAGUGCAAUAGUGCUUUCCAUAAAGGGACACAACUGCUCAUGUUGAAUUACUCUGUUUUUUAAUUGUUUGAAUUAUUCUGAUUAAGAAAUAAUCUCAAAGCAGCCAAACAUGUAUAUGAAGCUGAUAUGAGUACAGAACUGAAAUGAGAAAUCAAACACGGCAGUGACAAACUAAAUUAAAAUCAAAGGCCCCCACACCACUGUUCUGUCAUCUUACAAAGAAACAUAACUGGGUUUGGUGACAAGGACUACAAUCAAUCUGCUGUAGCCUUUGUUGUCCUCUAUUCGCAGUAUGCUCACCUCCACCACUGUGGUAUCUCUCUCAGGUUUGGUUUCAGAACUGCCGAGCGCGGCACAAAAAGCAGCCUCCCCAGAGCAGCUUCUCUCAGAGUGCUCUGCUGACCAGGAUGCCCCCAUCGCUGCCAGACGAUAUCCACUAUUCACCGUUCAGCAGCCCAGACCGACCACAUCUCCUCGCCCUGCACGGGUACCUGGACAGUAAGUGUCAAGCCUUAGUGUUAAGAGCAUUUUUAAAGUCAUGAGUCUUUGACACUGAUUUACAUUCAGAUUGAAAUUUGCACUUUUUUCUUAAUUCUUUUGUCUAGUAGUUCCUGUAGCUGUGACACCGAUGAAGCUCAUUUAAAUAUUUCACAACAAAACUAUUUUUACUAUUUUUACAGUCUCCAUGUUUGAAACAGCUGCAAACAGGCCUUGGCAAUAACCAAAAAGAGGUUAAAAACAUCAUAAGUGCUUGAAUACUUUUCAAACACUAUGUUUAAUAACUAAAUAGCAUUUUCUAAUCAAACUUUCUUUUACUUCCUCAUUAUAUUAAAUUAAGGAUUUUUCUUGGAAUAGAGUUUUUCACAUCCAGUAAUAAAACUUGUUUUUUCUUUAAAAUAAAUAAAGUGAGAAAAAAUAAAAUGCUUGUAGGAAAUAUUAAAAUAUCACGUUAAAAGUAAAGCUGAAUUUUGUUUUGCUGUAUGGGUGGGUUAAAGAAAACAUUACAAUAUGAAAUGUAGGCAAUUGAGUUCAAAUAAGAACUUCAUAGUGCAAAAAGCUGGAAGAUAUUUCUGUUGUCUAAAUUUUUUCAAUCCAAGGAUGGAGGGAGUUGGUGUUUUAAGAUUUAAGGAGGUCUCUUCUGGCAGACAUUUAAGAAGUGGUUUCAAACUACGGAAAAACAGAGACUACUUCCUCUUCACUUGUUUAUUUCUAAGGACAAAAUCUUCCUCUAUGCCUCCUUCAUCAUUUAAAUUCUUUCAUUUCUUUAUCUUUAUGUUUUUUUUACUUUGAUUUAAACCAUGAAUUAUAAAUUCAUGUCCUUCUCCUUCUUCUUCACGCAGCCCAUCCCUUCUCCGUCCUCGCUGCUCCAGGCCACCUGACCCACCCGUCCCUCUCGUUACCACAGCUCCCCAUCAGCCGCUGACCUCCUGUGUCGACUCUGCCCCCCCGUCAGCGCUCUGUGAUGUUGUGAAAUUAAAAUCCUGUUGGACGUACUGUCAGCAAUCAGCUGUGUGGGAGUUUAAUCCCCGGCAGGCGGCACGGCCCUGGACGUUUCUGUUUUAAAUCAAACUGGAGUCUUUGCUGGACUCAUCUUUGAAAGACAGCAGACUGCCGUGAGUGGGGAAAUUUUUUGCCUCCAAGACAAGACAGGAGGGGUUUUUUUUGUGAUGCAGAGAAGAAAACCACUUAUUUAAUUUUUCUCCUCUGAUGGGACACAAAACAUUGCAUCAGGUCAGGAUUGUCUUUCCUUUUGUUUACCUGUCCAUGCAUGGUAUUUUCAUUGUGCUGCUGCAAUGUGAGCUUUUAUAAAUGAACUAAGGAGUAUUGUAGCAGUGUUACAGUAAAACCUCAGCAUUUUGUCAUGUAUUGUGAUGAGCACAUUUGCAGCUUUACUGUUGUUUGUUGUUGUGUUGUCAAAAAAUGGAAGCUUUUAUUUAUUCAGAACAAAAUUUUACUUUUAAAGAAGCACUUUUGAAUAUGUCUUGACAUGGAACAAUUCAGUGAUUGUACAUUGUAAAUACUGCUAUGGUUUAAUAAAAUGUAUCAGAGCUGUUAUGAA